ACCCCCCCGCGUCCGCCCGCGAUCGCCCUCUAUUUAUAGCGGCCCCCCGCAUUCCCCGCCCCCCUCCCCGCCUUGUUGUCCAACUUCUCCCGGAGCAGCCGGAGAGCAGGCGUCGGGACGCAGCAAAGAGAGGAGAGGCCAUCAUGGCGGAGCUGCAGGAGGUGCAGAUCACAGAGGAGAAGCCACUGCUGCCAGGACAGACGCCUGAGGCGGCCAAGACUCACUCUGUGGAGACACCGUAUGGCUCUGUCACUUUCACUGUCUAUGGCACCCCCAAACCCACACGCCCAGCGAUCCUUACCUACCACGAUGUGGGACUCAACUAUAAAUCUUGCUUCCAGCCACUGUUUCAAUUCGGGGACAUGCAGGAAAUCAUUCAGAACUUCGUGCGGGUUCAUGUGGAUGCCCCUGGAAUGGAAGAGGGAGCCCCUGUGUUCCCUUUGGGAUAUCAGUACCCAUCUCUGGACCAGCUUGCAGACAUGAUCCCUUGUGUCCUGCAGUACCUAAAUUUUUCUACAAUAAUUGGAGUUGGUGUUGGAGCUGGAGCCUACAUCCUGUCGAGAUAUGCUCUUAACCACCCGGACACAGUUGAAGGUCUUGUUCUCAUCAACAUUGAUCCCAAUGCCAAGGGUUGGAUGGAUUGGGCAGCUCACAAGCUAACGGGCCUCACCUCUUCCAUUCCGGAGAUGAUCCUUGGACAUCUUUUCAGCCAGGAAGAGCUCUCUGGAAAUUCUGAGUUGAUACAAAAGUACAGAAAUAUCAUUACACAUGCACCCAACCUGGAUAACAUUGAAUUGUAUUGGAACAGCUACAACAACCGCCGAGACCUGAACUUUGAGCGUGGAGGUGAUAUCACCCUCAAGUGUCCUGUGAUGCUGGUGGUAGGAGACCAAGCACCUCAUGAAGAUGCAGUGGUGGAAUGUAACUCAAAACUGGACCCCACCCAGACCUCGUUCCUCAAGAUGGCUGACUCUGGAGGUCAGCCCCAGCUGACUCAGCCCGGCAAGCUGACUGAGGCCUUCAAGUACUUCUUGCAAGGCAUGGGCUACAUGGCCUCAUCCUGCAUGACUCGCCUGUCCCGGUCUCGUACAGCCUCUCUAACCAGUGCAGCAUCCAUUGAUGGCAACCGGUCCCGCUCUCGCACCCUGUCUCAGAGCAGCGAGUCUGGAACUCUUUCUUCGGGGCCCCCGGGGCACACCAUGGAGGUCUCCUGUUGAAUGACCCUUGUUGCCCUAGUGUGGGACCCAGCCCUCACCUCCCCCAGAACUAACCUGGGAGGUGCUGAAGGGGCAUUGGGCCAGAGUAAGCAAGGGAAAAAGGGCAGAUCAUGUGGGGAGAUGACCUUGAUCUUUGAUUGCUACCCUAACCUUGACCUCUAACCUGUGAUUCCCCCCAGCUCCUGAAAGAGAUGUCCUAAUAUCUCUUAGGGACCCAGACCCCUAAAUUCUCCUCCUCCCCCAUUUUGGUGUUAAGGUGGAGAGGGCAUGUAUCCUCUGUCCUGAUCUAGGUGUCUGUAGCUGAGGGGUAAGAGGUUGUUGUAGUUGUCAUGGUGCCUCCAUCAGACUCUCCCUACUUAUCCCAUAUUUGCAAGGGGAGGGGAUUUGGGGCUGGGGCUCCAUUCACCAAAGCUGAUAUGGCUUCUCAUUAACCCUUUAGGACUCUGAAGGGUAUGGACCUACAUGAAUGUGUGUCAGGGGGAGACUUGCUGGUGGGUUAGUGGUCCUCAUGAUGUGAUAGAAACAUCCAGGGUGUAAAAAGGAAGUUGGAAUGGGAAUUGGUGGGCAAUGAACGAGUGUUGGGGAAGGAUUGGUGCUGGGGAAACGGGAAGGGGCCUGGGGCCAUUUGGCUGCACUAACUUUGGUAGCUCUCAGUGUGCAUCUAGAGUGGGACUGGGGAGGGAGCUAAGCUUGGGCUGGGUUACUUGGGGCUUGGCAUAGAGGUGGAAAGGGCUACCCUGGGGCUCUGACCACACUGUAUUAUGUGUGGAGGGUACCCUCCUGUCUCCCACAACUUCUGCUAUAACAAUAAACUGUAGAGGAAUUUGAGUACCAUUA